AGGCGGAGUCCCCUCGGCGGCAGCUGCUGGCCAGCCAGCUCGGGAUUUGAAAGAUUAUAAAGUCCGGGCCGAGAGAGGGCGGCGGCAUCGGAUGCGCGUGUGGCGGAAGCGCCGGCGGCAUGAACUACCCGGGCCGCGGCGCCCCGCGGAGCCCCGAGCGUAACGGCCGCGGCGGCGGCGCCAGGGAGCUGGGCUCGGACGCGGCGGGCACGUUCGGCGGCGGCGGCGGCUGCUGCUUCGAGCACCAGCCGGGAGACGGCGUGCCGCUGGCGUUGCUGCGCGCGGAGCCGCUGCACCUGGCGCCGGGCACCGACGACCUGAGCCACCUUGCUCUGGACCCGUGCCUCAGCGACGCGACCUACGACUUCAGCUCGGCCGAGUCGGGGUCGUCGCUGCGCUACUACAGCGAGGGCGAGAGCGCGGGCGGCGGCAGCUCUUCUUCGCCUCCGCCGCCGCUGGUCGCCCCGAACUCGGGGGGCGGUGGGGCGGCGGGAGGGGGCCCCGGGGACAGGAAGCGCGCCCGGGCCGGCAGCGCCGCUGCCCGGCACCGCUACGAGGUGGUGACGGAGCUGGGCCCCGAGGAGGUACGCUGGUUCUACAAGGAGGACAAGAAGACCUGGAAACCCUUCAUCGGCUACGACUCCCUGCGCAUCGAGCUCGCCUUCCGGACCCUGCUGCAGACCACGGGCUCCCGUACCGGGGUGGAGGGCCGCGAUGGAGACCCGGUGGGCGGCCAGGCCUCCAGCUCCGGGGAGGAAGACGACGAGGACCGCGCCUGCGGCUUCUGCCCGCGGGCAGCGGGGCCCGAGCCCGAGAUGGAGGAGCUGGUGACCAUCGAGCCGGUGUGCGUGCGCGGCGGCCUCUACGAGGUGGACGUCACUCAAGGAGAGUGCUACCCGGUGUACUGGAACCAAGCUGAUAAAAUACCAGUAAUGCGUGGACAGUGGUUUAUUGAUGGGACUUGGCAGCCUCUAGAAGAAGAAGAAAGUAAUUUAAUCGAGCAAGAACAUCUCAGUUGCUUUAGAGGUCAGCAGAUGCAAGAAAACUUUGAUAUUGAAGUGUCAAAACCCAUAGAUGGAAAAGAUGGCAGUGGGAUCAACUAUUCUGUUGUCUACCACCUCCCUCCCUUCACCCUCCCUUCUCUGUUCAAAUGGAGAGGAUAUAAGGAGAGUACAGAUGCCACAGGUCUUAAGCGAAAGCGUUCCCAAGCUGUUCAUAGUUUCAAACUGAGUCGGAAUCAUGUGGAUUGGCACAGCAUGGAUGAGGUGUAUCUCUACAGUGAUGCCACGACAUCCAAGAUCGCAAGGACUGUAACCCAGAAACUGGGGUUUUCUAAAGCCUCCAGUAGUGGGACCAGACUUCAUAGAGGUUAUGUAGAAGAAGCCACGCUAGAAGACAAGCCCUCACAGACUUCUCAUAUCGUGUUUGUUGUGCAUGGCAUUGGACAGAAGAUGGACCAAGGAAGAAUUAUAAAAAACACAGCCAUGAUGAGAGAGGCAGCGAGAAAAAUAGAAGAGAGGCAUUUUUCCAACCAUGCAACACACGUUGAGUUUCUGCCUGUUGAAUGGCGGUCAAAGCUUACUCUUGAUGGAGACACUGUUGAUUCCAUUACUCCUGACAAGGUGCGCGGCUUGCGGGACAUGCUGAACAGCAGUGCGAUGGACAUAAUGUACUAUACCAGCCCGCUCUAUAGGGACGAGCUAGUUAAAGGCCUUCAGCAAGAGCUGAAUCGAUUAUAUUCCCUUUUCUGUUCUCGGAAUCCAGACUUUGAAGAAAAAGGGGGUAAAGUCUCAAUAGUGUCCCAUUCCUUGGGGUGUGUAAUUACUUAUGACAUCAUGAUGGGCUGGAAUCCAGUUCGACUGUAUGAGCAGCUGCUCCAGAAGGAAGAAGAGCUGCCUGAUGAACGCUGGAUGAGCUAUGAAGAGCGACAUCUUCUUGAUGAACUCUAUAUAACAAAACGACGGCUGAGGGAAAUAGAAGAACGUCUGCAUGGAUUGAAGGCGUCAUCCGUAACACAAACACCUGCCUUAAAAUUUAAGGUUGAGAAUUUCUUCUGUAUGGGAUCCCCACUAGCAGUUUUUUUGGCAUUGCGUGGCAUCCGGCCAGGAAAUACUGGAAGUCAAGACCACAUUUUACCUAGAGAGAUUUGUAAUCGCUUACUAAAUAUUUUUCAUCCUACAGACCCAGUGGCCUACAGAUUAGAGCCAUUGAUUCUGAAACACUACAGCAACAUCUCGCCGGUCCAGAUCCACUGGUACAACACUUCAAAUCCUCUACCUUAUGAGCAUAUGAAGCCAAACUUUCUCAACCCAGCAAAAGAACCUACCUCAGUUUCGGAGAGUGAAAGCAUCGCAAAUAUCCCGAGCCCCGUGACCUCCCCAGUCUUAUCGCGGCGCCACUAUGGAGAAUCCAUAACUAACAUUGGCAAAGCCAGCAUACUGGGGGCUGCUAGCAUUGGAAAGGGGCUUGGAGGAAUGUUGUUCUCGAGAUUUGGACGUUCUUCAACAUCACAGCCAUCUGAGACAUCUAAAGACACAGUGGAAGACGAGAAGAAGCCUGUUUCUUCGCCCUCAACCACCACCGUGGCAACCCAGACCCUGCCGCACAGCAGCUCGGGCUUCCUGGACUCUGCAUAUUUCAGACUUCAAGAAUCGUUCUUUUAUCUCCCACAACUUCUUUUCCCGGAAAAUGUGAUGCAGAGUAAAGAUGCUAGCCUCGUGGAACUGGAGCACAGGAUUGACUUUGAACUCAGAGAAGGCCUGGUGGAGAGCCGCUAUUGGUCAGCCGUCACGUCGCACACUGCCUACUGGUCAUCCUUGGACGUCGCUCUGUUCCUUUUAACAUUCAUGUAUAAACAUGAGCGUGAUGCUGCAAAGCCCAGCCUAGAUCCAAUCUGAACUCUCGAAGGAUACGAAUGGCCCAAAACUUGGUUUUCUGUUAAAAUGUGUCAAGAUAUGGAGAUAUCAAGGUUCCAGUUUUGUUUAGGGCAAGAAAUACUUUAACUUAAAAGCACCUUAUUUUAUUUUUAAAAGAGAACAAAAACACAUUUUCAGUUCUAAAGAAGUUCUUUACUGUUUCUAUAAUUUUGAUUAUGAGUCUAGCCAAGCCCCUGCAGAGAAUCACCCGGCAUGGAAGUGUGGAGGGUUUAGGAGAGCUGCGUGAAGGCAGCCAUCACAGUCUAGUUCUCCAGGAGUCUAAUUUAAUGUAUUAAUCUAAAGCUGUUGUAACUCUGAGGUGGUCAGAGUCCAGUACGUUCUGUGAAGACCACAGGUGGCAUCAUGGUUGGAUUCUGUGAAGGCUUCCGUGUCCACAGUUCCUUUGAAAGAAGAAUAUAACAAAUUUAAAAAGUUCUAAAUUUAACUUGUUUAAAAAAAACUAAUGCUAGAAAGCAAUAUUUGAACUACUGUACUUAUAAUUUAUUAUCUCUAGUUAGUUCAGUGUAUGAAACAUUACAUUUUUUUUUUUUUUUUUUUGUUUGGGUUUUUCGAGACAGGGUUUCUCUGUGUAGCUUUGCGCCUUUUCUGGAACUCACUUGGUAGCCCAGGCUGGCCUCGAACUCACAGAGAUCCGCCUGCCUCUGCCUCCCGAGUGCUGGGAUUAAAGGCGUGCGCCACCACCGCCCGGCUUACUUUUUUUUUUUUUUGUUUGUUUGAAACAUUACAUUUUUAAUGUUUCUUUUGAGCCACAUUCAUUUUGUAUCAUGUUGAGGCCCCUUUUUCUCAAAAUCCAUCUUUGUACCAUCAGAUGACCAGAUGAUGCUGUGGCAUACUUUCAGGUUUUGGGGGGUUUUUUGUUUUUGUUUUGUUUUUCAUUAAAAACAUGGUUUCACACAGCACUAGUUCAAUUUUUUUAAAAUUUAUUUUUUUAUGAUGUCACAUGUACCUCAGGGAAAGCUGAAAGUUGUCAACACAGGGACUCCACAUUGGGUUAUGUAUUGGCUGUGUUGGGAAAUUAGGACACACCUUUGGGCUAGAGAAUGUGAGGACUGGAAAUAUAUAAACAGCUGUGUGCCAAACAGCUGACACAUGUGAAGGGUGGAAUACCACCAGCAUGUAAUAUUUAAAACUCUAAGGAAACAUGGAGACUUGGGCCCAGUCCACGGACACUGAGGCACUGGAGGGUUUUCUGGGCUGUAAUUAUUUCCACAGUGCUUUUCAUCGGAAGUGUGCAUUCAGCGACCUGUGUAGAAGCUUCCUGAGGUAAGUGAACACAUGCUACCAUGUCACAUGUUUAUAUACUGAGGCACCAAUAUUUGAAGUGCCUUGCAUUAGAUUACACAGCAAAUCAAGAGCGUUUGCAUUGAAGCCAGACCAUACCCUUUUCUGUGCUACCUAAUGACUUCGCUCCCAUGUGACCCUGAGGAGUCUGCAGUUAGUAAGCUGGAGAAUGACUGUGAAGCCCAGCGUUACCUCCAGAUACAUUCUGGACUCCGACAGAAGAGGGGUUCACUUAAGGCAGCAGGAGCUGUCCUUGCCAUGGCCAACACUGGCUUCCGGGUGGCUCUCACUAGGUUCCACUCAAGGUGCUCUUUCUCAUGGAAGGGAUUUUGUAGCUGCUGGGAGCAGAGCCAGUCAGCCCACAUCUGCCCUGCUCUUUUCUCUGCAGGGUGGCAGAGCCCAUGGCUUUGUGGGUGUUACUUCUGGUCCUCAGUACUGUCGGUUCCUCGCUGUCCUUGAAUCUGCUCGACACUCAGCACCUCCUUCUAGAAUUCCAAGGCUGCGUGACCAAGUGCGUGGCUCACAAAAACCCUUGCUGCAAAGGCUUUUGAUGAAUCUUAGCAGAGCUGAGGCAUCUUUCGAGUUUGGAGAUUCCUAUAAAGGCAGGUCAUUUUCGUAGCCUAUUUAUUUAGCAGGUCUCUUUUAAUUCUCAGGAAAAUUAAGCUCAUAUCGUAUAGCUUUCGUUAAAGGUAGUUGAGUAUGUGUUGGAUAUCAACUGAAAAGUUGGCUUUCGUAAGCAAAGGAGUAUGUCUGCUUGCUUUUCCUCACACGGCAAAGCAGUUGACAUAAACACUGUUUGAGUUUAUGUCAAUUCUUGGAAAGAACAGCAUUCAAAGCACCCUUUCAAUGAAAAGUCGAUGUUCUGCACCUCUGGACAGCUGUUUCCAGUUCAUAAUUUCAUCAGUGCCAAUGGAGAGUUUGGUUUUAUAGCUCUUGUCUCUCCAUCUCUGCAUGUAAUCAUUGGAUAUGCUGUAUAUACUAAAGUAAUAUACAGAGUAUGUGUAAUUCUGACUUGAUUUAGAAGCUAAGUCAGUUACCGAGUAACAGUUUGCAAUUUUACUCCAGCAAGUACUAAACUGGCCCCCAAAAGUCCUGAUUUUGAUACUAAUUAAAAUUCUAUUCUCUAA